GCUGACAGUGAUGCCCAACGAAAUUACAAGACUCUCUAGCAACUCUACCCGACGUUCUCUUUGAAUAGGUAUAAAAAGCUCACUUUAUAGUACUGGAACGGGUAGGGCACGGGUAGGCCGGUUACUUAUAUUUAUAUAUGGGGGUUAGAGUGGGUACGGGUGCGGAGCCGCUGAUUGUCUGGAAUUAGGUAUAAAUCUAAAGUGUUAGCUUCGUUCUUACCUCGUUCUUACCAUUCCUUGAGCUUAGAUUGAAGCUGAUAUCCUAGAAAAGUAUGCAAAUUCGGGCGAUUAACUUCCUUGCCGUACGUUGACUGCUCUUACAUCCAGCCAGCCAGCGUCAUGAGCGCCAAUCCAGUGGGUGCAGAGCCCUGGGCCCGGUCUGGCACAGGGACGUCUGGAGGUCAACUUGAGGAAAUGGAACAGAAAAACAGAGAAAUAGCAAUUAGUGAAGAAGGUCGAAGGCAGAAGCAGCCUGAAGACGGGAGAGAUGACGACCGGCGGCCACUGGCAGAAGAAGGGAAGAAGGCGAGGCAGUAUGAGCAGGAUUGGAAGAAGGGCUUGCAGAGAGCCUUCUUCACCGUCUUGAAAGGAGCCCUCAUGGGAGGACUGCUCGGAGCUGGCUUGCAUAUAAGCAUGCAUUGUUUCGAUGAGCCGUUUGCGUACCAGAAAACGCCAGAACCCUGGUCCCAGAAGGCGACCAAAAAAGCCGUGGGUGGAGCGGUUCUCGGCGGGACUUCUACUGCCGCCUACUUCCUUCUUGAGAGCAUACAGAACGACGUCAAGCAAGAGGCCGAGAAACGCUAGCCCAGUUUGUAGUGAAUUAAGCAGGAAACUCAUAGAAGGGACAGAAAUGGUCGAUUGAAAAGUUUGAUCGUCAGAUAACGAACUUAAGCCCGCAACUCCUAGGUGGUGGAUAGCGGGGGACAGCUGUUCAAACGGGUAUCAAAGAAUGUCGUUCACGUCAGUCAGUCGGCUGAAUUCCUUAGGUACUGUGUUGUUUCAACUCAGCCCUAAGGGAGUAAAAGUUGAUCAUUACCCGAUAGGAGACACUCCACCUCCCGACCAGUACUGGUUUGCUCUAUAGUCAAGGCUAUCUUUCUGAGCAGGGGUGUAUCAGUUUUACGAAAUCGUAGAUAGGUAGAUCGUCGAGAUCCUACCGCCACACAUCAUCGAGUAGUAGCGGUCAGGACUUGAAACCGGAAAACUCAGCUCAGGCACUUUGAAGUUGCAAGUAAGCCAACAAAUCGUCCGGACUUAAUCGUACGCCUCAAUGUUCUAAAUUUGCUGCCAGAGGGCUGGUUGAUCUUAACUCUAAGCUUAAUCACACACUAUACCCAUAUAUAUACAGUCACCCGUACAACGCCAAGGUUGAUAUACUGGUGUACAAAGAUAGAAAGAUGCGGCUGGUUG